CAGGCCCUUGCCCCCCCUCUCUCUCCGCCCUUUGCGCUGCUGCCUCUCCCCCCCGCCGCGUCAUAGCGCCAUCUUCUGGUCCCUCUUCCCCCGCUCGCCGCGUAUUGUCCUCCUCCCGUCCCCUUUGUGUGGAUCCCUGGCCUUCCUCCCUCCCCCGCCACGAUGUCCACCCCAUCCAAUUUCAAUGCCACCAACUUCAAGACCGGCAUCCUGACAAAGCAGGGCGGUCGCAUCAAGACCUGGAAGCGGCGCUUCUUCGUGCUCGACAAGCAAAAUCGCAUGUUCUACUACUUCAAGAAUGAGAACGAGACCGCCCUCAAGCAGGCCAAGGGCAUGGUGCAUCUUGAAAACUACAAGAUCCACUGCGCCGUGGCCGACACCAAGCGCGAGCACUCGCUCAAGAUCGUGAAGCCCGGCGCCCGGACUUACUUCCUGGUGGCCGAUACGGCGGCCAUCUGCGAGGACUGGCGCCAGGUGUUCAUCGAGCUGGGCAUGAGCCCGGACGAUGACACCCCGGCCGAGAGCAGUCCCGUGUCCAACGAUGGGCCGAUCUCGGUGGUGACUGUCCUCGGCCCGUCCGAGCAGCCGAGUGCCCUCAGCGCCGCCCCCUCGGUCCCAACGACGCCGCUCGAGUCGGUCACCUCGGAGGAGGCCGCCGUCGCCGAGCAGCCGGAGGCCGCGGCCCCUGUCCCCUCAAAUGUCCCUGCUGAGCUUGCCAUGGGCGCCCCGCCCCCGACGCUGGAGUCCUUUGACAAUGACGACUCCGACGAUGACGAGGCCGACGAGCCCAAGGCUUUCACUCUCAUGCUCGUGCCGCUCGACCGGCCGGAUUAUGACACCAUGGUCUUCCGCAGUGACCAGACCACCCUGGGCUCGCCACUGGGUGGCGUCAUUCGUUUCGGCCGGCAGCAUCCCCAGUCGCAGGCGGCUGCCCCCUCGGCCCCUGGUGACUCUCCCGCCCCGGCGCAUUUCAUCAAGCUGCACGCUGAUAUCGCCUCUCGCGCUCACGCCGAUCUGUGGUUCGAGGAGACCAAGUCCGCCUUCGUCCUGCUCGACUUGGGAAGUCGUGCCGGCACCUUCAUCAACAGCGACCGUAUGCCCAACAAUGUCACCACCCCCACCACUCUGGCCCACGGGGAUGUCAUCCAGUUUGGCGUGGACCAGCGCGGCUCUGAACUUCAUCGCCGUCGCAUCCGCUUCCGGAUUGAGAUUAGCGAGUCGUACACGGCCUUCGAGUCCCACCAGGAUUCCGACUUGCAAAAUGUCACCCGCAGUGUCAAUCUCCUCAACCUCCAGUCGUAGUGUCCUCUCUUGUCGACUCGGGAAGCUUUCUCCCUCCCUCCCUCCCUUCCCCCCCCCUCUCCCUCUCUCUC